UAGAAAAUAUUGCUUAACUCUCGAGUAAAACUGUAAGACUUCUGACUCUGUGUACAGUUGUGUGCUGUUUGGAGAGUAGGGGCUUAAAUGCAAAAUCAGAGCUCUAAAUGCCUCCCCCCACUCUUGGAAAAUGCGAACUUCUACUUAGAAUAGUUGUGGAUAUAAUCUCCUUCCCUGACCUAGCCUCUUCCUGGGAAAAUAUAUUCCCAAAUCAGAAAGGAAGUUGGGAUUAAAUUGGAAAGGUGGAAUUUGGUAGUGGUAGAAUUGCAAUCUUGGAUUAUGUUCGGUGAAUGCUGACAUUGUUAUGUCAAUUAUCAGUGAUUUGUUAAUCACAAGAAAGUCUGAAAGUGGGGCAAUUUCCCCUAAAAAGGGGAAAUUGAGAGCUUUUAUGACAAAGAGGCUGAAUAGUCUAUAUGUGUAGGAUGAAAUAUAAAAAUGUAUAUAAUUAAUAAUAUGUGUGGUAGUUUUAAGAAGUAUUCUAGUAACCUAGAACAGCAGUCAGGAAACCUAGAAGCGCUAGGAUAAAAAUUAAUUAGAAAAGAAGAAAUUUUAGUUUCAAUGACUUUUUGUGCUAGCCAAAAAUUUCACAGUGUUUACAAAGUCAAGACAAUGAUUCAGGGAUCCUUCGAUUAUCGUCAUACAUUAUAAAUACUGUUGCUGGGCAAGAUCUGUGGUUCUUUGGUCAGCAAGGUCUGGCAAUGAAACCACUGUCUCUGGUGCAAAGAAUUCUGGGAUGCCUGACAGUGCAAUGGAUGGAAGGACCCACAUUCCAACUCUACUUAAUGUCCUUUUGUCCAGAAAUCGGGUCAUGCAAAUGAGCUACUUGAAAAGUAAAGAAAAAGGAUAUGGAAAACUAAGCAGUGAUGAAGACCUCGAAAUAAUUGUUGAUCAAAAGCAGGUAGUAGGUGUAACCUUGAAGAAAAAGUGGCACUGUCUUCAAAAAAGUGACCUGACCCUGGCUUUGGGAAAAGGCUCUAGGGCGGCAGAUAAGGCUGUUGCCAUGGUGAUGAAGGAGAUACCGAGGGAGGAGUCUGCUGAAGAAAAGCCCCUCCUUACUAUGACAUCACAGCUGGUGAAUGAACAGCAAGAAAGCAGACCCCUCUUGAGUCCCUCCAUCGAUGACUUUCUCUGUGAAACCAAAUCGGAAGCAAUAGCAAGGCCAGUAACGUCCAACACAGCCGUAUUGACCACAGGCUUAGAUCUCCUUGACCUGAGUGAACCCGUCUCUCAAACCCAAACCAAAGCCAAGAAGUUAGAGGCCUCAUCGAAAACCUCAUCCCUCAAGAAAAAGGCUGAUGGAUCUGAUCUCAUCAGUGCAGAUGCUGAGCAGAGAGGCCAGCCUCUCCGAGGGCCAGAGACAUCAUCCUUAGAUUUAGACAUUCAAACACAACUGGAAAAAUGGGAUGAUGUUAAGUUUCAUGGAGAUCGAAAUAGCAAGGGGCAUCCAAUGACAGAAAGAAAGUCAUGUUCAUCUAGAACUGGAUCAAAAGAACUUUUAUGGUCCUCAGAGCACAGAUCUCAACCAGAACUAAGUGGUGGGAAAAGCGCCCUGAACUCUGAGUCAGCUUCAGAAUUGGAAUUAGUGCCUCCAACACAGGCUCGACUAACCAAAGAACAGCGCUGGGGAAGUGCGUUACUUUCCAGAAACCACUCCUUAGAAGAAGAAUUUGAAAGGGCAAAAGCAGCAGUGGAGUCAGAUACAGAGUUUUGGGAUAAGAUGCAAGCAGAAUGGGAAGAAAUGGCCCGGAGGAACUGGAUAUCUGAGAACCAAGAAGCUCAGAACCAAGUUACAAUCUCAGCUAGUGAAAAGGGAUAUUACUUUCAUACUGAAAAUCCCUUCAAGGAUUGGCCAGGAGCAUUUGAAGAAGGCUUAAAACGACUGAAGGAGGGGGACCUGCCUGUCACCAUCCUGUUCAUGGAGGCAGCAAUUCUUCAGGACCCCGGAGAUGCUGAGGCAUGGCAGUUCCUCGGGAUAACCCAGGCAGAGAAUGAAAAUGAACAAGCAGCUAUUGUCGCCCUCCAGAGGUGCUUAGAAUUACAGCCCAACAACUUGAAAGCUUUGAUGGCUCUGGCUGUAAGUUACACUAACACCGGCCAUCAGCAGGAUGCCUGUGAAGCUCUAAAGAACUGGAUUAAGCAAAAUCCAAAGUACAAAUACCUUGUGAAGAGCAAGAAAGGAUCUCCAGGCCUUACUCGGAGGAUGUCCAAGUCUCCAGUUGAUAGCUCUGUUUUGGAAGGAGUUAAGGAAUUAUAUCUGGAAGCUGCCCACCAAAAUGGAGAUAUGAUUGACCCAGACCUACAGACAGGUCUGGGAGUACUGUUCCACCUGAGCGGAGAAUUUAAUAGAGCGAUAGAUGCCUUUAACGCUGCCUUAACUGUUCGGCCAGAGGACUAUUCAUUAUGGAACCGUCUCGGGGCAACCUUGGCAAAUGGAGACCGCAGUGAGGAAGCCGUGGAGGCCUACACACGAGCCCUGGAGAUCCAGCCCGGCUUCAUCCGAUCUAGAUACAAUCUGGGAAUAAGCUGCAUCAAUCUGGGCGCCUACAGAGAAGCGGUCAGCAAUUUUCUCACUGCCCUCAGUUUGCAAAGAAAGAGCAGGAAUCAACAGCAAGUUCCUCAUCCUGCGAUCUCUGGGAACAUCUGGGCUGCCCUCAGAAUCGCACUUUCUCUGAUGGACCAACCAGAACUCUUUCAGGCGGCUAAUCUCGGUGACCUGGAUGUCCUCCUAAGAGCUUUCAACUUGGAUCCUUGAAGGAAAAGAAAAAAAAUUAAAAAUGAUAAAUCCUUGUCUGUGUAAUUAUACUGAGAAAUGCAGAACUAUUUUAUUAUGAAUUCCAAAAAGGAUAAACCAGGUGUCCAAAAGGCCGUGGUGAUAGGACACAGGGAGUUCCUACAGACAAUGCCCAGUCUCUGUUCAGAUUCAAAAGCACAAAAUGUUGUAUAUAGAGUCAAGGAUGGGUUCAAAAGAAGAACUGAGAGGCACAAAGACAAACCAAGAUAAAGUGUGUGAUUACUCUUCACAAGCUGCAAGCAUAUUCAAAACAUGUCCUUUGGGGUUUCUGUCCCCACUUUUGCAGCUGAUGACACACCUAAGCAACUUGCUCGUGGGACACCUGGAGAAAGCACUGCCUCUGAUCAGGGAAUUCUGACUAUUUCUGAACUAUCCCCUGCAAUUCCCCCUUUUACAACGUAGUUUGGGCCAAGGUGCAUGCACAUGUAUUAACCCUUGACUAAAGAGAGGCAUUGCUUAAACCUGUUCUGAUUUUAACUUUUACUGUAGCCCUUCGACUCCAGAGAGGGAGCUUUGCUGUCAAAAGCAGUUUUUGCACUAGAAAUUUUUGCUGUUCCCAAUCAAAACUUUUCUGGGACUGUAUAUAUGCACUUUAAUAUCUUAUUUAUGCCUUGCUGGAGUUUUGUUCCGUUGCUCCAAUUUUUAACUUAGGGGUGAAAGAUUCGAGAACUCGGCCUUGUUAGAUCAAUGGACCAAAUAAAAAUUCCUGAAAAUAGUUUUUCAUAGUGUAGAGUUUUGAAGGAGUUUUUCUCAAAGCAGAUAUGACACAGGGUGUAAAUAUGUCAGACACAGAUCUUUCACAUACUUUCUGGGACCGUAUGAACUUAAGCAAGAGACAUUCUACCAUCCCUUCAUGCAUUCUCUGCAGGGAGGAAUUUUGAUGAUAAUGGGAUUUCUAUAGAGUUAACAUUAACUUGCUUAAAUGUCAUACUUUACUUGCUUUCUACCUGCCCUGCACACCAAUAUUCCUUUUAAACUGUUAAUAUUUUAAAUAGUAUUUCGUAAGAAUGAUAAAUACAUUUUUUCCUAAAAAUUAAGUGUUUUCUUAGUUCCAGAAUAAUCUGCAUUGCUCACCCUUUUGCAUUCUAAGUGAUAGAAGAUCAAUAUUUUCUAGCUGAAUCUCACUGAAUGUCAGCGGUUUAAUAUGAAAGAUGCAUGCCCCUUUGGCUCUGAUUUGGAACAUUAUCAAGUAUCAGGAAUCUUCUGUCGGUAGUGAUGUUUUAUUUCAUUGAUUACAUUCUACUCACUUCUUCAGGAUGUGUUGUGCCUGUUGGGGCUUGGUGAUUAUUUGGAUUGUCAUCAUUUUUUAAAGAAUUAGAAAAAUUAUUUGCAAAAUGCUAACCAAAAUGUAAGAUCACCAAUGUCCAUUUCUAGCAAGUUAUCCUAAUAAGUGGUUCCAUUCUUCUUUAUCUUUUCUCCUUCCUUCCUUCCUCCAGAAUCUUCCCCAAAGCAAUCUGAUCCCAACUUUUUCUUCAUGUUCUUUGGUUGCUGGUUACUCUCACGAUUAUAGUUACCAAGCAAACAGCAUGUGAGUCAAGACAGGUUAACUGACUGGAGAGUUAGCUUCUCCUGGUGGGGGAGGGGCAGGGGUGCAGAUAGAAAUCCUCUCUGCUAUUACCUUGGAAGUUCCUCAGGUAGGAAGGGGUCUUGAGGAAACAGGAAAUCACAAAUCCUUAAGGUUUACAUGUGUUAUAAGAACAGAGAGUUUAUAAAGUUGAAGAGUCUAUAAGGACAAAGAGUUGAGAGCCCUGUGGUAUGCCCGGCUUUCAUCUUCACUGUUGAAACUCACUUGGGCAAAGGUGAUGCCCCGAGCUGGACAGCAGGAGGCAGAAGCAUUAAGGCAUUCACCAUUGGGAAGCAGUAGCAACCCAGUCUUUGCCUACUUCCCUCCAGUCUGAGCAGCAAAUAAAGCUCAACAAUAUUUUCAAGAAAUAUUCUCUAAAAUUUUAGAAUCCUAGAAUCCAGUCUAGGAAGGACUCUCGGGGCCAGACUCCAAGUUCAUGGCAGCUGCCUGCUUGAAUAUCCCCAAUAAAGAACACCCAUUCUCUGCAUGUUCCUCCUUCCAAUUCCCAUGCAUUCACUGUCUGGCCAGCUGAUUUGCAUCCAUCGUAGUUCAUUAGGAGCCUCUGAAUACAGGAGUCAAAGCCAGCUUUGCAGGUUUCUGUUUAUGAUGUCACUCUAUACUUUCAACAGCAACUGAAUUUGCAAUAAUAACAAUAGGCUAUUUUCUUAGCUUUGCUGGCACUACAUGCAUGACAUCAGUUAAUAGUUUAAAGCCUGACAGUAGGGUAAAUGCAGGAUACUUUGAUUUAAUUUGAUUGUUGCUAAGUGGUGACAAAUUUUGCAGCCCAAGUUUGAUUUUGCUGUCAGAAUACAAAGUGAAUUCAGAGGAGAGUAGACAAUUUUCCAUUCCCAUCAUAAUUUGAUAAUUUGCACAGCAUUCAAUAGGACGUUUCUUCAAUGUAUCUAGUGUCCAUCAGAACCAAGACUUUCAGCCUGUUGCCUGUCAGGAAGUGCAGAAUCAUUGCCCAAGACAUUUUUCAAUAAUAUUUUUAAGUAAAAUUAAGUAAAAACAGUUACUAAAAAAUAAGUGAAAGUUUAUAGAAAUCAGAGCACCACUAAAACUUAGUAAUAUUUUAGUUCAGUCUUUACUGUAUACAUUUUUUAAGGCAGAACUGGUUUUGGUAUCUUACCCUGGUGGUAUAAAACUGUCAUUUAAAUUAUUCUUUCCGUUUCAAAGGUCAGGGUGUCCUUGGUUCCUGUCUGACUCACCCUGGGAAGGCUUUGAGUUCCUUUUUUCUGAGAGUAGUACUAAGUAAGUAAGUAAGCCUAAGAUCUCGUAGAGGAUGGUACUGUUUUACUAGAAUGGCCCUUCAGUUGCAUGGGUUUCUUUCAAGAACUGAUUUCACUGGUAGAUUGGAUGAAAAUGCAGAGAAAGCAGUGAUCACUGCUAAAUUUCAAAAUAUGUUACACCUAUGUCUAGUGGGCUAUUUCUACGUGCUACUGUUCCUUAACAGUGGGGAUGAGGCAGAGGGAUAAGGUUUCCUCUUACGGUCAUUCCCCAUGACACCUUGAAAGAAAGGCAGAUCUUGUCCACCAGGAAACUUUUAACAGAAAGCUCUGAGCUGUGCUUUCUCAGCCAAUCUGCAUUUCAACUAGAAUGACAGAUUAGCGAUACUUCACUGGGUUGGAAUGUCCAGGACACACUCACCUUCUGAGUCCUAUGCCAUUCUUCUCCUUUUCUUUAAAGAGAACUAUUAUGUUGAAUCUUGGGUCCAUGUCUAGAUACUCAUACUAGAUAAAUCUUUCUAGUAUAUUCUUGCUAUACAAGCAAGACUCCAACACAGCUAUAGCUAGUCCCACAGACAACAGGAGCUCCCAAAAUCUGUCCCAUAUACUUUAUCCAUGAGCUCUUUGGGAAUACAGAGAAAGCAAGAUGGUCAUUUUUUAGUCCCUUCUUCAUUUGCCCCUGAAUCAGUCCCACAGGACUGGACUGGACUUUAAGUUAGUGGUUGCUAUUGUUUUAUACCUUGACAUGAUUCUGAAAGAAUUCUAUGAAGGGGGUAUUCUGAAGGUUUAAUUUGUGUACCAAUUUUUUUUUAGACCUCAUCUUUUAGAAAUUAUUAAACAUGCACGCACAUGAUUUCAACUUUGUAAAAUAAUUUCAAAUUCAUUCCCUCUCCAGAUUUUACUGCACAGUUUCCCUGUCAUCUCAGUAUUUAUAGAACUGGUUGAAAUUAAACUGUUUUGAACUAAGACGUAGAUACAUAUAUAUUUUUUUAAAGAGUGUUCAUAGAUGACCUCUGGCAUAAGGUUUGUAAAAAGGCAAUUUUUAACAAAAUAAAACAUAUAACCUCAGGUACAAAAUAACGCAUGCAUUAGUACUUUCAAAUCUGCCUACUCAAAUAUUAACCAAAGCAUGCAAGAUAACUGUACUGAAUGUAAAUUUACCCAGUGCAUGAUUAAUCUCAUAGGGUAGCUUAUUUUUCCUUGCUUCUGAACAAGGAAACGUUUUCAUGAACUAUGUGUUAAAGUUUUACUAUUUGCUUUUAAUAUCUUAUUGUCAAGACUGUUUCCAGGCUAUCACACUACACUGAACUUUACAGAUACUCACGCAUCUGGCUUAUGCAGCAUUGCAGCCAGUGCCAAAUGAAUCUACUGAGGAAUCCAGGUACUCAGACAUCUAAACAAGUUUUAGAAAACCAGUUGAGGCACAACAGAUCCAAAACUCAAACAAAAUCCAUGUGUCUGAACACUACUAAAUGCAGUUGUGUUGACUGCCUCCACGUAGCUUUGGGUUCAAAAUUCUGAAUAGUGCAUUUCAAAUAUUUUCUAAAAUUUAGGAGUAAAUUAGAAAUACUGGCCUUCCAAAUAAGGUGGGGAAGUUGGGGUAAUAUCAGGCACAUGAAAACCAUCAAAGCGGACAUGGGGGCUUAAUUUCCAUAAAUGUUCCAUAGGGAGUGUGUGGGGUGUCACAGCCUUGUCCUCAACAUGGCCCUAUUCAUAUAAGUCAGUGAGCUACUUGGGCCCACAUCCCUUAAGAAACUAGACUUGGUCAGUAUGUCUAAAAACACUGAAAUUCAGAGGUAAUGAGGUGAUUUCAUGGUCACUCAGGACACACUUGGAAGUCUUCUCACUGCCUUUUUCUGCAACCCCUGCUUUACGAAAAAAUAUGGGCAAGGAGACCAGAAAUGGGGGGAACAAAGCUCAGUAAGACUAAGUUGGGGGGUGUCUUAUGUUGCUAACAGCUUUGUCACCAUCUCACACACGCCAAACACACACAUAAGCUCAAAGACGGAAGUUUAACAUGUGGAAUUUGGCUUGAAUAAAGUUUCCGCUCCCUGCAACCUCUGCAGAAAUACCAAAAUAACGCACUCCAGAAGCCAGUGCCCCAAUCUCAGAACUGUCUUCUCAGGACCUUCUCUAUGAGAGAAAACUAACUUGCAGUGUUGCAGAGCGGGCAGGCCAAACCCUCACAGGCUCAUCCAGACACUUUCAGAAACGAUGCGAAGAUGAAAACAGGAACAGCGGACAGUUCUUCGCUCAACAAUAAAAUGUGUGUCCUUUCUUUUCUUUGAAUAUCUUGGAGAGGGAAAAUGGUCUGACAAAACAAUAAUAAGGGAUAUACAUACACACUCAGCUAGGUAGUUUGGCAUUUUCACUGAAAUGUGUAAAAAUUUUGCAGAGAUACCACAAAGAAUUGUGCAAUGAGAGAAAUGUUCACGAUUGAAAUGUUGCCACUAGUUAAAGGAAAUAAAGCAAACCUAAAUUUUUACCAAGGUCCUUUCAAUUUCUCCCAUUAUCACCUGACUCAAACUCUCUUCAACUUUCAUUGCCCAAAUUUGUUUACAUUGGUUAAAAAAAAAAAAAAAAA